UCAAAUGUCAUAGCAUUUGGAUGUUUUAAGUCAAUACAAAAUUGAUUUUCAUUUGAUGGAAUUUUUAACUGUAAAAAGUUUUGAGAAAGUAACUAGUAAAGUUUAAUGAAUAAAUAUUUUGCGUCAGCAUUUAUAAAAAUGUAAUGUUAUAAAAUUAUAAGAUAUAAUGCAAAAUACAAAUAGAAUACAAACUUUAUUAGCCUUUAUGUUUAUGAAUGACGUGUAAUGUUUCCAACGGCGGACACUGAAGAUAUUUCACGGGUCACGUCAUUAAAAAGAAAAUCGAGUUUCUCUAGCAAUGAGCGAGAUUCCACUGAAAGUUCUCAAGUGGCAAAGCAAAACAAUAAUAGGGAGUUAACCUUCAAUAUGUUGAUCAAAGAAGUUGUGUUUUGUAUCGCUCUAGUUUUAACAACCUACGGAGCUUUACAUAAUACGCCUGCAAAAAUAUCUAAAGUUCCUCGAGCUGUGAGAUUCUUCUACUCUGAUUCUGUUGUGGCAGACUGGUACAAAGGCCAGUUAAGUAAUGCUUUGGCUACUAUUAAUACUGAAGACUUAUCAUUUGUUAUGUAUUAUGCUCCUUGGGAUGCAGAAUCACAGUAUGUUAGAGGAGAAUUUGAAAAGGCUGCACAUAUUUUAAGAGAUAGGGUACAUUUUUCAGCCAUUAACUGUUGGAAUCCUGGUAGUGAAUGUAGAUUACAACAUAAUAAAAUACCAUCAUGGCCAAUAUUGAUGGCAUAUACUGUCACAUCUAGAGGUGUCUUAUACAAAGGACCAAGAAAUGCCGAAAGUAUGGUUAACUUUUUGGAGAUGCUAAUGAGGCCUCUUGAAAAAAUUUCUAACACUGAAGAUCUAGUCAACUUGCUAUCUAUCUGUGAUGCUGUAGCAUUAGGUUUCACUCCACUGACAGACACAUCCAGAUAUUAUAAUAUAUGGUACAAUGUGGCACUAAAAUCUCGGGAAUUUGAUACUGUCGGUGAAAUAUGUUUUGCCACUGUUACUUCUAAGGAGUUAGCAAUGGAUUUAGGGGUGGAGAGAGUUCCAAAUUUAAGGCUUAUGCUAUGGAAUGACACAAAGGAAUACAAACCAGAGGAUAGCAAUCAAUCAUGGAAUGAAACAUUUAUAAUGCACUGGGUGCUGCAAAAUUUUGCCCAACCAGUUGCAAGGAUUAUUCCAAUGUGGCAAAAGAGUUACAGUUUUGAGAGAUUUGCAGACGGUCAACCAAUGUUGAUUCUUUUUACGCCACUCAACCCGCUUUAUGAACAAUUACCAUCAUAUGCUCUGUUACGUGAAGUGGCAAUGGAAUAUUAUAAUUGUAAAAACAAUGAAAGUAAUCAAUGGACAGCUGAGUUAAUAAAACUGCAACAAGUACAAAGGUUGCUAUACCAACAGAAGAACUUUUUGAAGUUUUGUCAAGAAUACAAAUUCAAAAAGCCUGUGAAAAAAGUGAAUGCACUUUCAAAGAGAGAUGUUUUCAUAUCUCAAAAUAAUAAAUAUCUAUGGAAUAACUUGACACAGAAAACUCAGAAGAGUGGUAUAUUUAAUUUCCUAAUUAACCAUGCACUGGUUACCUCAAAAGAGGCUGAUGGUCCAAAUGAUAAUUUGUGGCCCAAAUUGGGGUUUUUGGAUCAAUGUGGAAUGAGCACGGCCAAAUCGUUACCUGCUGAAAAAAGUUUCUAUGAAAAUUAUGAAAAAUGCCAGUCAAUUGAAGACCAAUUGAGAGAAGAGAAGGAGAACGCGGAAAUGGAUGAACAAGAUGUAGAAACAACAAUGUUGCCUUUUGAAGAUGAUCCCUUGUCUGCUGAAAAUCUUAUUCAAGAUAAUGUGAAACAUUUUUGUCAACUUAUGAAAUUUGCUAACAAACUGAGUCCGCCUGUAUCUCCGUCGAGAGUCACAAGUGGAAAUAUAACACAUAUUCAUGGACUUGCAUGUAAAACAAAUAACACUCUGUAUAUGACAGCUAUUGAUAGCGUCCGGAAUUACCAUUUUGCAGAGGCACUUGGUAUUAAUAUAAAAAAUAAAAAGGACAUGACCGCUGUAGUUAUUUUGGAUAGUAAGUACGAAUCCCAGUAUGUCAUGUCAGAGGAAUACAGCGCUAAAUCACUGAGAGAAUUUAUUUAUAAUUUUACUCACAAGAACUUGAAGCGCACGUUACGCACUUACGUGGAGAACGCUAAAUAUACUCAUUUUUUUGGUUCCAAUAAGAACACUCAUAUUAAUGAAAAAAAUGAGAGCAUGGUUCAGAUAUUGGAUCUGACCACACGCACAUUCAAAAAAGUCAUCAGAACUCCAGGCACGGUGACGCUGGUGGCGGUGUGCGGCGGCGGCUGCGGGGCGCUGACGUCACGCGCGCUGGUGCACGCCGGGCGCGUGCUGAGCGCGUGCGGCGUGCGCGUGCAGUGCGCGCGCAUCGACGCGCUGCGACACGACCUGCCGUGGCACUACACCGCGCACGCCUAUCCCACUAUACUCGUCUUUCCCGCCAACGGCGGCGGCGAGGCGGAGAGCCGCGCGUUCCCCGGCGCCGAGCGCGUGUCGGGCGGCGCCGUGCUGGCGCUGGCGCUGCGCUCGCUGGGCGCGCCGCGGCAGCUGCGGGUGCGCCUCGCGCUCUGCCAGCAGGCCCAGAUGAUAGAUGAGAAAAAAGCUUGCCUGAAAGAUAUCAGAGAACACAUAAACAGUGUGAUCGAUAGAAAUUUGAAAUACUGGCGCCGAACCGACGUCGUAGAUCUCAAAGCCGCACUUUUAAUGAGACUGAAACAUUUGCACCAAGUGUCAUUGUAUAUGAACCUGCUUCAUAUCACGGAUCUCAAUGAUAAUAAUCAACUGCAGCAGUUACUCCUACGAUCCCUUAACAAUAUGUCCAAGAUUUGGGACAUCGAUGAGUCUAUUUUAAGAAAAAGUGUCAUUCCAUCACCAAUAAAUAGAUGAUACUAGCAGUAUCCUGUAAAUAAUUUAUUUAUUAUAUUGCUCAUUACAUAUUUGUGUAAACACGUUGCUUAUUUUUAGAAACCAAAGUGU